AUGGGCCAGAUUUUGUGGGAUGAGGCUCUGCAUACCCUUGAAGAGGAGGACAGGGCCCGUUAUGAGCAUCUACUCGUGAAAGGUGCGGGGUACGAAAGUGUCGUCUCUGAUGUGCUCAAUGCGACCCUAGAAAAGAAAGAAGAAUGCAAGAAGAAGAGAUGGAAGGUGUCAAUUAGGGGCAGGAUCAUCGUUCUCCGAGAUAUAUUGGAGAAGGUGGCUGUUUGGGUGACCAAAUUUGUCGCUGUUGGCGAUAGUGCUGUUCAGUAUGACCCAGGGCAUGCGGCACUGCCUUGGGCAGCAGUACGAUUCAUCUUGAAGGCCACGAUUACUGAGGUCGAAGUCUUUGGCGCUAUUCUACAGGUGGUAGAGUCAAUAUCUAAUACCCUGGCGCGGUGCAUCAUCAUGGAGAGUCUAUAUUUGUCCAGAAGUAUGCCUUCUAAUGCGGAAUGCAGCAACUUCGAAGUCACCGAUCGUCUUCGCCAAAGUCUGGUCGAGCUUUACGCCUCAAUACUAGGUUUUCUUGGCAGGUCAUUGAAAUAUUACUCUCACAGCACCGCUAUCCGGAUUGCGAAGAGCAUGGUCAUCAAUAUCAACGAUAUUGAAUCAUGGUCGAAGCCGAUCGGAGAGAAGCAAACGGAGGUGGAUCGCCUCUUCGCGCUUUUGUCACAAAACGAAAAGCUCGACGAGACAUAUUUGACCUUACAACAGCUGUUUGACGAGCUGAGACGUCCAAUAAUCAGGAUUGAUGAUCAGCUGUCAAAGGCCCAGGACGAUUUGGAGCGACAAAAGAGAGUUUCCAUCAUCAAAUCUGUAUCUACCAUCAACUUUGUCACCCAACACAAAGUGGCAAAUGCAAGCCUGCUUCCAGAUUCGGGGAGCUGGUUUCUCAACAAACCCCAAUUCCAAGAGUGGCGCGACGAGAGCUGCUCUUCUGUCCUAUGGCUGCAUGGUAUACCUGGCUCGGGCAAAACCAAAUUGACUUCCAUGGUCGUCAGUGAGUUAAAAUCAACUUCUCACAUAGCAUACUUCUACUGCGUUCGGAAUCUUGCCGAACCGGAAAGGGCAGAGUGCGACAGUAUUCUCUUGUCGUUGGUCCGGCAGCUAGCAUGCCCAGCUCCAAGUGGCCCGAUACUGGCUCCAGUCAUAUCAAGAUACGAAGAUGCUCUUGACGAGAUGGUGGAAUUUUCCGAUGUUACUUGGACCCGCGAGGAGACCAUUCAAGUAUUGGUUGAACUCUGCGACCUCUACCCUGCCGUCACAUUUGUCAUCGAUGCGCUUGACGAAGUCAACCCGAUGAACCGAUUGGAGCUUCUUGAUGGGCUUCUCAAAAUUAUGGACGAGUCUCAGGCUUUGGUCAAAGUCUUUAUAUCGAGCAGAGAGAACAUGGACAUCGUUGCACGACUGGAGAACACCCCUAACCUUAGGAUCGGUGCCAAAGAGAACACUGAAGACAUAGCCAAAUUCGUCCAUCAGCAGCUGAAGGUGGCGAAUCUUCUCAAUGGAAGGCUUCCGCCAUCUCUGAAAGAGAAGAUACCGGAGACUCUUAUCGAAGGCGCACAGGGGAUGUUUCGAUGGGUGGACUUGCAGAUACAGUCCUUGAGGCCGUUGAAGGUAGCAGCAGAUAUAGAGGCUAGACUUGGGCGGCUUCCCCGAUCACUCGAGGAAUCGUAUUCCGAGAUACUAGAGCAGAUUGAGGCGUCAGGUGAAUAUGCUUUCAAGCUGGCCAUCUUCACCUUUCAGUGGCUACUAUAUGCUCGCAAACCUGUCGCCAUUGCCGAUUUCGCGCUAUUUGCGACAGCCCGAUCGACGCAUACGGCGCCUUUCACCAGUUUCGAAGUUCUGGACGUCUGUCAAAAUUUAGUCGUCAGUAAUGACGCGGGCAUAUUCAGGUUCGCGCACUUGUCUGUGCGAGAAUUCCUCGAGAAA